AUGGAGAUGAUGGAAGGGGGAGAACUGUUUCACAGAAUCAGCCAACAUCGGCACUUUACUGAGAAGCAAGCAAGCCAAGUAACAAAGCAGGCAAGUUCUUAACUUAACCCCACCCACCCCCGACACCCACCCCGCCCUUGUCUAAGCGAAAAGCAUGGGAGGAAACAGCCCAUAAAAUAACUGACAAUUUUACCGGGAGGGCAAGCGGCAAGCUUUUUAAGAAAACAACCCUCUGAUCUAAUCAGAAGAUUGCCUGCUUUGUUAUGAUCUCCUGGACAGCCUUUCUCUUUUUUGAGUUAAAACUGGAGGAACACUUCAUCCUUUGCACUCCCAAAGUUUUUUGGGGUUUUUUUAGGGUGUAUGAGGACAAGAAUUAUUUUCCCUUAACAGAGCCCAUCCAAACCUGCCUCUGCAGGUCCCUGUUCUGAAGAGGAGGUCUGCCCAGCACCAGUUUCUCAUGUAAAGACUGAGUGGGCUACCUCCUUUGGGUGGAUGGGAGGUGAUUUUGCAGUGUCAAGUUGGGCAUAUCACCUGCUUCCAGCAAAGGCUGAUGGGACGGCAGCAAGGCCUGAACAAUGACUUGUCCAAGGAUGGAGGAAGCAGCUUAUUUUGCUGGCAGAUGCUUUGAGCUCCAAGAAACAUUGAAUUUAUUCUCUUGCAGCACGCAAUUUUGGGGAUUUCUAGUCUAUGCAGAUAAAGAAAUAAAGAAUUUUCUUCUUAAAUAAAGAAGAAAAAUCACAGGGAUAGGGUUAGAUAUUAAUGAAAUUCUUAUCCGUGGGCACCUUUACUCAGGGUAAACUUAACAUAGCUAUGAAUUCCCUGCUAUCAUAGCCGCUACAAAGCCUUUGAAGAAAGAGUGACGAAGUGUGUCAUCAGCACAGGGUCCCCUAAUUCAAGGCAGAAGCAUGGUCUUGGGUCAGUUGAGACUCUUCCAGUUCUUCACACUCUGGAGAUCCAUGUAGGCCCUACCCUAGUGAGCAGGCCAGUGUGCAGUUUGUGAGAGCAAGUCUUGAAACUCAAACCCCUGGACCUUUGUGAGAUGUGGGCAGUCUCUGAGCAGUGGAAUAACUAGCUGUUUUUGGGUCCUAUGAAGUAUCCAAAGAGAGACAGCCCUUUCUUAGUACAGUCGUACCUUGGAAGUCGAACAGAAUCUGUUCUGGAAGUUCAUUCGACUUCCAAAACAUUCAGAAACCAAAGCGCAGCCUCUGAUUCACUGCAGGAACCUCCUGCAGCCAAUCGGAAGCCCCAUUGGAUGUUCAGCUUCCAAAAGUAGGUCGCAAACCGGAACAGUCAAUUCCGGGUUUGCAGUGUUCAAGAGCCAAAACGUUCGAGAACUAAGCUGUUCGAAAACCAAGGUAUGACUGUAGUCUGGUCCUCAAGGAAUAGCAGGCUGAGAAAUACUGUAGCACAAAGCUGAAUAAGUCAGUUUCCCUUCUGGGAACGAACAUGUAUUUUUUGUAUUCAUGUUUGACGUGGUUGCUUGUUCCUAUCUCUUGUCAUGAUUUGUGUUGCUGGUCUUUUUUAAGGAAUAUGGUGUAUGCCUUGGUGACAGGGUGACCUGAGUGUUCUGGCCCAGCACCUCUCCUCUCUACUUUUUUGGGGGUGUGGUGGGGGAGGUCUCUGGGUGCCUUGUCUCUUGUUCUAAUGAAAUGUUGCCCGUGAAUCCACGUUUUGUUCUUUCUGUGUGUUUUCUGCUACGACUUUUUCAUCGCAAUGUAAUUGCAAUGCUUUGUUCUGAUCUAACGCAAGUUAAUUUCUUCAGGGAGAGUUCUUCCCAGAAAAGUAACUUGUUGGAGAAACAUUAAAUUCUAAGAUUUGCAAAAAAAAAUAUUGUUUUUUGUUUAAAAUAAUCCUGCUUGAGCAGAGUGCUGUUCAUUGUGGAUCUGGGUAAAAGGCAUCAUUAAAUUCGCCUCCACCUUGCAUGUGAUGUAGACUCACUAAAGAGUCUUGCUGGUAGAUGGCCCAAGGGGAUGGUUGUGAAUGCUAUAACAUUUAUAUUUCCAUCUAGUUCUAUCCAUUUUGACAGGCUGACAACUACUUUUAAAAUACUGUUUCGAAAUGAUGUUUUCUUUUCAGAAACACAAGGUUAAAUAUAUGUAGUUAGAAUAUUAAUCCAGCUGGAUUUAAGCAUUUGGGCAAAAGAUUUCUGCAAUGCAGGCGGUUGGACUAGAUGACUUGUGGUUCCUUCUAACUCUAUGAUCCUAUGAUUUCCUAUGUGUACGUCCUGUUAAUUUAGUGGGAGAUAACUUUAAUCAUGGGGACACAGGUGGUGCUGUAGUGUAAACUACUGAGCCGUGGGCUUGCCGAUCAGAAGGUCGGCGGUUCGAAUCCCCGCGACGGGGUGAACUCCUGUUGUUUGGACCCAGCUCCUGCCCACCUAGCAGUUCGAAAGCACAUCAAAGUGCAAGUAGAUAAAUAGGUACUGCUCCGGCGGGAAGGUAAACGGCAUUUCCAUGUGCUGUUCUGGUUUCCCCAGAAGCGGCUUAGUCAUGCUUGCCACAUGACCCGGAAAAACUGUCUGCGGACAGCUCCCUCGGCCAAUAAAGCGAGAUGAGCGCCGCAACCCCAGAGUCGUUCACGACUGGACUUAACUUUCAGGGGUCCUUUACCUUUACCUUUUUUAACUUUAAUCAUAUAUCCAGUUAGAAUCUGUGGAAGUUAAAAAUACUUGACUUUGUCUGAAUUGUUCCUUGCCUAUCCUGAGGGUGUGGGGUGUUAGCUCAAGAGUCCCUGGUUUUAUCCAAGGUUGGUUGUGAGUGGACAGAGAAGUAUAAAUGAUGGUUUUUGUGUCAACUUUUAAAAUUUCUAGUAAUUCCCAUUCCAGAGCCCAUAUAUACAGCUUUUUCAAGUCCCACUCCAUGCUUUUACCAUUGGCAGCCUCAAUUUUCAAAAAAGAAUGCUGUGAAGAAUUAGUGUGCCCAGUGGCACUGUUAUAUUAAUGAAAAUAUUUACAUAAUUUUCUCUUUCUUGGAGCUAAUUGGGCAUUUUAGCCUGACAUAUUCUGCGAAACAAAUUGGCCACCUUUUGGUUUUUAUUCUUUUUCAUUUCAAAAUAUGCCCUUAACAAAAUUAAAACUGUUAGCACUGAACGUAGGUGGAAUGAUCUUUGCUUUCAACUUGCACCUUUUAAAUGGUGCCCUUAAUCUUGCUCUGGUUCUAAGCGGCCUGCCAUUCAAGGACAGUCAUUGUGUUUCGUAGUAGACUUGUGGUUUGCUGUGGUUGCUGCGUGGUCAACAGUGGCUGGAGCUGCUGAUUGGCCCCAUAGCAAGUUGCAAACAAGGCAGUAAAUCUUCUGUCACCUGCCUUCAUCGUUUAAAUCUUGCACGUAAACAUCAGGGUUGAGCAGAACCUAAUCACUUAAUUACUUCAGAGAUUCAGUUGGUCUGUUAACAGCAAAUGAAGGGCCACUGUUGAGAUACAAUUGUGCUAUUGAAAAUGUUUUUUAAUAAGUCGGAUUAACACUUUAGUUUUGGAAACUGAAAGCAAUUAGCAACAAGCUGGGAUGGGUGUGUGUGUCUUUCUUUUCACGUUUCCAGUUGACCCUGGGCAAUUUCAAGCACAACUUUUCCAACUAUUGCAAGGUGGGCUUUUGAGGUGUUCCCUCCUCUCCCCCACUGUGGCUCUGCAGGAACGCAAAGAGGUCCCUUCUCAGGUCUUCUGAGAAGAUUAGGAAAUGCUUGCUGCACUUCAUCCAGCUUAAACACCCAGAGAGGUGAAAGCAGGAGUUGAAAACAUUCCCCAAGGGCCCAGGCAGCAUUUGCAUACCCUGCUUGCACCCUCCCUGACGGAACUCACUUGCCUCAAACCAUGAGAAUCUGUGUUGUAAAAACAGAAGGAACCUUUUGCCGUGUAGACGCUGCUUGCCUCAAGCUGGGAUGGAUGGCUUGAUUGAUAGAAGCAGCCUGCCAAGGCAGAAACAGCUGUUUGCUGGGUGUGUGCCUCUCCCCACCCCAGCCCCGGGAGUAAACGGCCCUCUUUGCCGUUUGCUCAGCAGUUUGUUUUGCCAGAUCUCAGACAACCCUUUUGAAGAAAUGCUCCACCUGGCCCUUAGCAGUGUGCUUUCAGGAUCUGUCUUUAUUCCCCACAUGUAUGCAUAGUCUUCCAGUACAUGCAGAUGGGUAGGAUGGGUGGUGGUGAUCUGGUGGAGAUUUGUGAUCUCAGAACCAGACCACAGAGACUGAGCCAGACUCAAAAGUUGUGGUGCUGUGUCUCCAUCCCAGAUCUCCAGCUGCUUUUCCUUUGACCUCCUGAGCCACUCAUUCUAAGGGACACCCUCUGUGGUGCUGCUGAGGGUAUCUACUGUGCUCCUUUUCUUUUUUUAAGUGCAGAUGCCAUCAUGUUACUGUGUUUUGACUCCUUGUGCCCUCUUUCCAGAUAGCUUUGGCUUUGCAACACUGUCAUUCUUUAAACAUUGCGCAUCGAGACCUCAAGCCUGAGAACCUUCUUUUCAAGGAUAAUUCUUUGGUAAGAUGGAGGUUUGCUACUUUGGGUGCUGUUAAAUCAGCUAUGCUGCUGGUUAGUUCAAAUCAGAAUGUGAAAUGGCCACUCUCAUUUUGCCCCAAGCUCACAUUACCUGUUCCUCCAGUCAACAGCAGCCCUUUCUGUCCCUGGGCCCUGUAUGAGUUUCCCCUUUACCCCUCUGUAUCCUUGGCCCUCUUUUCCUAGGCCUCUUGCUGCCUCCCUCCAUUCUAACCAUUUCCCAGCUCCCUAGUUAACGUAUUUUUCGCUCUAUAAGAUGCACCAGACCAUAAGGCGCACCUAGAUUUUGGAGGUGGAAAACAAGAAAAAAAAUAUUCUGAAUCCCAGAAGCCAGAACAGCAAGAGGGAUCUGGCUUCUGGGAUAGCCUCUGGCUGUUCUGGCUUCUGGAAUAGCCGUGUGAAGUCUCUUCAGGGCAGCAGGAUUAAGGCUCCCCCUGCCGGAAGAGGCUGCACACAGCUAAGGCAGAAGCCAGGAGAGGCGCUUCACUGAAGGGGCGCUGCGCAGCUCUCCCUCUCUGUGCAGCGCCAUUCACUCCAUAAGACGCACUCACAUUUCCCCUUACUUUUUAGGAGGAAAAAAGUGUGUCUUAUGGAGCGAAAAAUACGGUAUUCUGUCCUCUCCCUUUCAGCCAGCAAACUCCUUGCCUCUUAGCUUCUUUAUCCUGCCCCCCUUUCUUCCCAUUCAGGAUCACAGCCCUCAGCACCCGUGUGAUCCCUGCCCCUCACCCCCCGUUCUUACAUAAUUUCUCUCGCAGAAGCCGUGCUGUUUUGUCCACCUUCUGUUGCCGAGUGUGAAAUGUGUGCACGAGGGGAAAGGGGUGAAAUUGGGAUUGAACCAGUCUCUCAGGUGUCCCUUGCUGCUUGCCUUUAGGAUGCCCCAGUGAAGCUGUGUGACUUUGGAUUUGCGAAGGUGGACCAGGGUGACCUGAUGACACCGCAGUUCACUCCGUAUUACGUAGCACCUCAGGUAAAGGAUGGAUUCCACCAAGAGUGGUCCAGCUAGACCUCUUCUCUGGACAUGGAUAGAAUUAACCUCUGUUGUCUGUGCUCUGGUAACCUUUAGGUUAUAUUACUGCAAUGCAUUAUACGUGGGGCUGCCCUUGAAGAUGAUUGAAAACUGCUGCUGGCGUAGAAUUUGGCAGCCAGGUUGCUCACUGGGGCAAGGCGGUUUGAGCAUUUAACACUAAUCCUGGCAUGACUGCAUUGGCUAACCGUUAAUUUCCUGGCCCAAUUCAAAGUGCUGCUUUUGAUUUAUAAAGCCUUAUGUGGCUUAGGAUCCUAGUACCACAAGGGCCCCUAUAUGAGCUAACCUGGACCUGUGAUCAUCAUCUGAGACUCUUCUCUGUGUGUCCCCUCCACAGGAGGUCUGCAGGAUAGCGACAUGAGAAAGGGCCUUUUCAGUCAUGGCUCUCUCUUGUGGAAUGCUUGCGCAAGGGAGGCUUACUUUUCGGUACCAGGCAAAAACAUUUCCACCAGGCCUUUGGUUUUUAAUUAUCUGUGGUCUCCAUGAAUGGGUGGGAUGUUUUAAUCCUGCUUUUAAAAAUAAGCCUAUCUUUUAUAUUUUUCCUUUGCUGGUUUUAAUGUUUUUGUUUGCUUAUUCUUAGAAUUUGCUUUGGGCUGCUUUUGUAGAAAAGGUGACUAAUAAGCUAAAUAAAUAAUCAUAAUUGUAACAUAGAUCUUCCCAGUACAGUCAGACCUUGGUUCCUAAAUGCCUCCAUUAUCGUACAUUUCAGCUCCCAAAUGCUGAAAACCCAGAAGUAAAUGCUCCGGUUUUUGAACAUUUUUUGGAUCCCGAACAUCCGCCGUGACUUCCACUUAAGUGCAAGAAGCUCUUGCAACCAAUUGGAAGCCGCGCCUCGGUUGUUGAACGUUUCGGAAGUCAAACGGUCUUCCAGAAUCCGGAUUACGUUCAACAACCGAGGUUUGACUAUACUCUGGCCUGAACUGAAUGUCAUCCCUUCCCAAAUUUCUCUGAUGCUUAUGUGCUGUAAUGGAACAUGAGUAUGCACAGAACAGAGUAAGCACCAUAAGAAUCUUGCAGAGGCAGUCCCUUGGGCCUGGUUGCUGAAAAUGAACCCCCCCCAUCCUAAACCUCCCUAUCUGGGCCACAGGACUCUUCCUAUGCCACACAGCUUCUCCAUUGGCCAUACCCAUCACCAGCCCUGUUAUGCACCCUCUCUGAGUGCUUCUGCCUGGCAGGAACAUGCCCUUGAAUAAUGCCUCUUGCUUGCCUGGACGGAGGCUGAAUCUGUGGGCGGGUGGGUGUCUAGAAACAUCUGACUUUUGCAUGGCUGGUAUGUAGCCUUUGCAUUCUGAAAGGUUGUGCACCCAUGCUCUAGAAGUCCCGUCUGAUAGUUCUCUGUCCAGGCCCAACAAGCCUGAAUGGCACUUGGGCAACAGGGAGUGCUAGUGCACGAGAACUUUCUGGCUGAGAGCGCUGACCAGAGUAGUUGCAAUAUGCAAAACAUUACAUAUGCAGCACAUGUGAGCCUAUUUUGCCGCUCAAGAUGUUCUGUUCCUAGGCCCUCUACAAGACCGGGUGUCAGUGUACAAAUCUUAGGCAUUUGUUUUGAACUUUGGCAACCUGAAUUUUUGAAAAAUAAAAAAUAAAAUCUUGAGUUUUCUAGCUCCUGUGUUGGCAAAAAUCUGAAAAUAUGUUAGUAGUGCUUGUUGAAAUUUUGGAAGGAAGAGGGAGGCCGAACAGUGUUCCGAGGGAAUGGGGUUUUGGUGUGUUAUAUAAUUCCUUUGCCAUUAUGACUAACGCAAGCAAAAUAAAUCAGCAGACAUUUGCAAACUUUUUUUUUUUAACUAUUCAUGGACUUCAGCUUUUAUAUGCCAGGACAAUGACAACUUUAUUUGUUCUGAGAUCUUUGAGAGCAGCAUUGCAAUAACAGUUGACAGCUACUGACGUGAGAAGCUUGCUUUUAAAAAUUCCUUGUGUCAGACGCAUCUAUGAGCCAGUGUAACCAGCUAGCUUUGCUCCCUGCUCCCAAUCCUUGCAGCAGGUGCUAUGGUCUAUGUUUCUUGAUCGCAAAGGUGUGUCAUUGAUGUUUCUCUCUCCUCUUUGCUGUUAAUGUCUAAAGAUUGCCCAUGUUCCCCCUCCAUCCCCCGCAGGUACUAGAGGCACAGAGAAGGCAUCAGAAAGAGAAAUCUGGUAUCAUUCCUACCUCGCCAACGCCCUACACUUACAAUAAGGUAUGCUUCUCAACCCAAGUGUCCUUGGCUGUGUUUCAGGAAUACCCAGCAGCCGUCUUUCCAUUUGCCUGAUUUUUCAUGGGGAAUUUUAUGCCCGGCACAGAAGAUGGUGGCUGGUACGGAAUUCUGCUGUGUUAAGCACCAAUUUUUUGUGGUUUGUUGUUGUUGCUUUAUAAAUCACAUGUUUUCCCCUCUGAGUUAGGGAAAUGACUUAAACGUUGCAGGCAGCAGCUGCAGAAAUCAGUUGAAAUGAUUUUAGAAUGUUGUAUUAUUUUACUGUUGUUAGCCACUCUGAGCCCGACUUCGGCUGGGGAGGGCGGGAUAGAAAUAAAAUUUUAUUAUUAUUACUACUAUAAUUGUGUAUAGGGAAGAGGGAGUGGAAAUGUGUGUCUGCAUGAUUACAUGCCAUUCUUUUGUGACCUCCGGUCAGUUUCCUGGAACUAUGUACACCCUCGGUUAUAUUUCUCCUCCCACCAUCAAGCUCUUCCUAGUGUAUAUUAAAAACACUCUUCUGCCACCUGCUUGCAUUGUAUGAGAGACAUUUGUGCAGAAAAAGAAAGGGGGGGACUGUUGUACUCACUGAUUUGCCUAAUGCAAGACUUGCAUUUGACUUUCCCCAAUGCAGAGUUUGCCUCUUUCUUCAGUGUGGAAUAUUUACACAGCCACAUCUAUUAACAGCAUUAAUCAUAUUUGAAAGUUGCUUUUCUCACUCAAAGCAACUUGUGCUAAAAUGAGUUAAGAACAUCUGGUGCAAGUCUAAAAACACAGCUAUACAGCUAAACAAAUUGGGGCUUACUGAUUGCACCCCACUAAAAGAGACUACACUGCAUCCCUUCAAAUCAAGGGUAAAAGCCUGGGUAAAGAGAAAAGCCUUUGCCUGGUUUCCAAAAAUAGAUAAAGACUGUGCUAAGCAGUACUGGCCGAGGGAGCCGGCGUACAGCUUCCGGGUCAUGUGGCCAGCAUGACUAAGCCGCUUCUGGCGAACCAGAGCAGCACAUGGAAAUGCCAUUUACCUUCCCGCCGGAGUGGUACCUAUUUAUCUACUUGCACUUUGAGGUGGUUUCGAACUGCUAGGUUGGCAGGAGCUGGGACCGAGCAAUGGGAGCUCACCCUGUCACAGGGAUUCGAACCACCAACCUUCUGAUCGGCAAGCUCUAGGCUCUGUGGUUCAGACCACAGCACCACCCGCGUCCCUUGGGGGUCCCCUAUCCCUUCAUCCCAACCCUCUCAAGUCACGCUCCAUACAAAGUUAAGAUUCCUUUUUAUCUUUCUCCCAGAGCUGUGACUUAUGGUCCCUGGGUGUCAUCAUUUACGUGAUGCUGUGCGGCUACCCACCUUUCUACUCUAAGCACCACAGUCGGACAAUUCCCAAGGACAUGCGGAAGAAGAUCAUGACAGGGAGCUUUGAAUUUCCAGAGGAGGAAUGGAGCCAGAUCUCUGAAAUGGCAAAAGACAUGGUGCGCAAGUAAGUCCCAUCACCAGUGGGUUGUGCAAAACUCUCCCAGGUGGGUGAGUCAUGCUGCCUGUAGUGCUUGUUGGGGGGGGGGUCACAGCUAAUACAAGCAGGUGGAGGCUUCCAUUCACAUAGUGGCUACUUCCCAGGCAUAAAUCGGUCUCUGCCACAAGUAUCUUUUACCGUGGGGAAGGUGGGUAUGGCUUGGCCGAAAUGGUCUUGUGGGCCAAAUGGGAAGGUCCUAACGAGGCCCACAGGAGAGGUUUCCUAUCCUUUGCCUGCACAAUCCGAAUGUGCUCUAAAAUAUGCUUGAACACUUUCCUGUGGUGGAUUGUGAGGAACAGUCUCAGUGUCUCGGCCACUUCUAGGGAUUGAUUAUUUAUUUAAAUAGUUAUAUACCGUUGAACCAUGAAAAUAUAUCGCAGCAGUUUACAGCAGUAUGAAAACAAUAAAAUCAUAAAAAGUUAAAAACAAAAGAUGGUUUGCUAUUACCUUCUUAAUGAGAAAACCCACACCCCCCUGCCUGGUGCUUUCCAGGUUUCGUUGGACUACAGCUCCCGUCCCUGACUGUUGGCCGUGCUGGCUGGGGCUGAUAGAAGUUAGAGGCCAAUGCCAUUUAACACACAGGGCACCAGGACGCAAUGGAUGUCGCCUCUCAGUAGGUGUUUGUCUCCUGAAUUGACAACUUGAGCUCACUCCGUGAAGGAGGAUGAAGAUGGUAAUCGGAGAAGAGCUGACGUUGAGCUGGUCAGGGUUUUAUGAAGUCUAAAGGCGCCCUUGGAAAAACGGAACAGGAUAGGAGUGCAUCUUUUAAGGAAACGGGUGGGUUUGUGAUUGAUGUUUAUAACUCCUUAAACUCCUAGGCUGCUGAAGGUGAAGCCGGAGGAAAGGUUGACAAUAGAAGGUGUCCUGGACCAUCCUUGGCUGAACUCCACGGAGGCGCUUGAUAACAUUUUGCCCUCUGCCCAGUUAAUGAUGGACAAGGUUGGUACUAUUUUUGGCUUUCCUAACUAGAUUGUUUUUAAGGAUCAAGGAACAUUGGUCAGCAGAAAAUUAUCCCAGGCCCAUCUACUUACAUAGGUUAGUAUUUGCAGUGGCUAUAUUCUCCCAAGCGUCUUGUGAGCAAGGAUAAAUACUUCUCUUUCUUUUUUAUUAAAUAAAUAUUUUUGCCUUUAUUAACAUUACUAACAACCCAAAAGUGUGGUAGCAGGGUAUUGCAUCAUACCACACACAAAGCAAGCAAGCAGUAAAUAGUAAGAGAAAGAAAUGGGGACGCAUCCAUAUAAUUCAAAGCAUCCACAUUUCCUGAGCUGGCAUGGACAGUGAAGGUUGAGCUUCUAAAUCUGAAGCAAAGGAUAUAAAACCCCACCAGAUGACGUAAAAGUGUUCUGGAUCCCCCUGGUUUACAGGUAGGUUUUUCAUACAUGACGUAACUUGUCCUCAUGAACACUGGAGUGUUUGUCAGCUUGCGCCAUUUGCUGUUGCUGUUGGAGAGACCUGGACCAAGAGGUGUCCCUCCUGGUGCUAUGUCAAGUUGCAGAGCAAAGAUUCAUAAUCCUAGGCGACCCAUGUGUGGUGCUGGGCAGGUUGCAAGAGCAGGAAAUUCCAGAGCUGAAGGACAGCCACUAAGACAGGCUUGCUCAACCUCUGCCCUCCAGAUGUUUUUGGCCUGCAACUCCCAUGAUCCCUAGCUAGCAGGACCAGUGGUCAGGGAUGAUGGGAAUUGUAGUCUCAAAACAUCCGGAGGGCCGAGGUUGAGGAAGCCUGCACUAAGGUCACUUCUUUGAACACCCUUAAAGUCCUGACUAAGCACAGGACUCUCAAGAGGGGAUGUCUUAAAAGCCGAGUUCGAUUUUAGGAGAGGAGGCGAUCCUCUUGUGCCUGCUGCUCCCCCGCCCAAUGGGCUUUGGAUGUCAGAGCCAGGGCAGACAAUGGAAAACUGAUGGCGGUGUGGUUCUAAUAACACAUCCCUGUUCAAAGGCAGGUUGUCACAUUUCCUUGAAGCUUCCAAAAUGUUGUUUGACAGCUGACCAUGCUGUUACGGAGCCCACUUCCAGGAGAUCUGAAAUUGUUCACCCAAGCGUUGUCUGUCUCUGCUGUUGAUGGAAACCUUGCAUGGCAAGUUCAUGCCAAGCGCUUUCUUGUUAGAGGGUUUUGUAAAUCGCUCCCUGUUAUCAAGAGGUAAUCUAAAUACUAGGCUGCUGAGUGAUCAGUCCAACCUUAUUUUGGGGUCUGCAUCCCUUGGGGUGGCUCACAUCUCUCUGUGGCCUUCAGGAAGCAGGUGCUGGACCCAGGCUCUUGCGGUUGGUUUCUGUUAUCACUUCUAUGCAUUAAUUCAUAACCUGACUUGUGACUUCUUUGCCUCCCUCUUCUCUCUUGCCCCCCUUCCCACCCUGAUUGUACCAGGCAAUGGUUGCUGGGAUUCAGCAGGCACACGCAGAGCAGCUGGCCAACAUGAGGAUCCAGGAUCUGAAAGUCAGCCUCAAGCCCCUCCAUUCUGUCAACAACCCUAUCCUGCGCAAGAGGAAGCUGCUGGGGUAACUAUCCCAGAGCAAAGGCUGCAGGAGGGGGCAGUUCAAGGACAGGGGAAGGGAGAGCUGAAAAGAGCUAAAUGCUUAUUAGGGAAGAAUAGUGAGAGAAGCCUUGCAGAGUGGGGAUGGGAAUUCGUGGCAUUCUGGACAUGGUUGAACUCCAGCUGCCAUCAGUCCCAGUCAGCAUGGACAGCAGUCAGGCAUGAGUGGGAACUGCAGCCCAAUACCUGGAUGGUCACAGGCUCCAACCCCCCCCCCAAAAAAAAUCUUCUAAAACAAGAAACUUGUCCUUGGAAGGAGCUGGCCUGUGUGGCCUGUUUGAAACACAGCAGGCACUGAUCUUGGAGGUAUUCCGCUUCCUCCAGAGCAGGGAUGGGGAGCCUGCAGCUCUCCAGAUGUUCCCAGCCACAGUUCCCCCACUGCUAUAGCAGAGGAGCUGGGGACCUGCCCAAAAGCUGACAACGGGGGCUAGGGAAGUCAUGGGCAUUGGGGGUUGGGAUGGUGUCUUGCUCUUGAGGGUGGCUCCCUACUGGAAGGAGGUAGAGUUGCUCUGAGGCGCUUCUUCCAGCCCAACAAGACAGUGAAAGGGAUGAAUAGCAAAGGGAAGAGGAGAGUUUUUUAAAAAAAGAAAGGAAAAUUGUUUUUCCUUCAACGUUUUCAUCAUAAUCUGCAGUAAUGGAUGCUGUUGCUGUUGGGAGAAUUUCUUCACAGCCACUAAAUAUGUGCUUGGCAGGAAGGAAAAUUGUUUUUUCUUCAACGUUUUCAUCAUAAUCUGCAGUAAUGGAUGCAUAAUGCUGUUGGGAGAAUUUCUUCACAGCCACUAAAUAUGUGCUUGGCAGGGAGCUGGAGUGGUGGGGAAUCCCAGAAGAUGGAAUAAGUAUAGAAGGAGGGAACAAGCUCAAAGGCAAGGAAUCUCCAUCUUGGUCGAUCCCUUAGCUCCGGCACAAGUUUCUUCAUGGGCGGCUAACGUCUCUCUUAGGCAAAAGAAGAACCCAGAACUCCCACCUGAUAUUAGCUGAAGGAGGCUCUGGGAGACCCUGAUGCUUGGGGCACUCACAUUUCUCCCCUAUCUCAUUACAGAACGAAACCGAAGGACAGCGUGUAUAUCCAUGAUCCUGAGAACAGCAGCGAAGACUCCAAUGUCGCCCUGGAAAAGCUCCGUGACGUGAUUGCCCAGUGCAUCCUGCCACAGGCUGGUAAAGGUCGCAGAUUUUAAGACAAGCUGUGUUUGUGGGAGAGGGAGUUGGUGGGAGGGCCGCAGGUUGCCUGUGCUUUUGAACCGUUUUUACAACAGCCACAGUUUGCACGUCACACUGGUUUACAGCAGCAUGGAAGCAUAACGGUACACGCAGGUCCCACUUACCGAAAACAGUGCAUUCCCUGGAAAUCAUUGGCUAGGCAAGCGUUUGCCUAAUGAGUCCAUGAUUUCCAUUACGAUACGAUACGAUAUGAUACAAUACAAUACAAUACAAUACAAUACAAUACAAUACAAUACAAUACAAUAAUCUUUAUUGUCAUUGUCCCAUACAGAACAACGAAAUUGAAAAAUCGACAUAAGACAUUCAAAACCCAACAAGCCUGCUAUCCCAGCUAUCCCAACCUGGUUAGGCCCCUAAAAACUAUGAUACCCCAUUUUAAAAUACAAUAUACUCCCAUAGAGACUCCUUACACUGCGUUUAAAACCAAAAUCGCAUUUGGGUAGAAACUGUUUCUCAGGCGGCUAGUCCUAGUCUUUAUAACCCUGUACCUUCUUCCAGAAGGCAGAAGCUGAAAGAGAUCAUUUACGGGGUGCGUACUAUCCUGCGCUAACUCUCCAGCUUUCUUAUGGGACCUGGAAGCAUAGAUUUGAUUCAAGGUGGGAAGAGUGCACCCAGUUAUUCUCUCCGCAGUCUUUACAACCCUGGACAUCAUUGUUUUUUCCCUGACCGUGCAGCUCCCAAACCACACACACAGACCAUAAGUUAAUACAGUCUCCACAGUACAAUGGUAAAAUGCCAUCAACAGGUCCUUUGAGAGAUUUCCAUUGUUUCCUAUGGGAACAUUUCUAAUCCAUGAUCUCUCCCACCCCCUUUCUCACCAUGGUUUCUUCCUAAAAUGGCUGCAGCCAACCAGCAAGAAAGAGAGACAAAGGAAAAACAGAUUUGUCUUAUCUCUCCUGCUCCCUGAUUUGUUUGCUCUCGCUCUCUGCUCCCUCUCUCUGUGGUUUCUGCACCAAAAUAGGUGCCUUUGAUCAGCAAACGACAAACAAGUACAGAAGUGGGCAAGCUGUGGCUGUUUGAAUAUCUGAAUCUGAAGAUUUGGGCAUCGUUCUUUGUGUUUGGAUAAGCGAAUAUGCGGAUAACAAACGGGCUGAUAGGGGGACCUACGUGUAUAAUAUCUCACAACACAGCCAGAGUAACAGUGCGGCAGAACAUUUACUGGAACAAGCUAACAAAAACAGGGAAAUUUAAAAUGUCUGUGUGAGGGAUAACACUGAAGUUACCAGGUGGGCUUCCUUCAAAACAACAUUUCAUAACCGGGGCACCACAGCUGAAAACUUCCACCCCCUGUUGAUUGUAUUGUCUUUAUCUAGAAAUGGAGCUCUCAUUACUGAGUGUUCACACAUUAAAAUUUUCUCUCUGUUUGAUGUGUGUAUCUGCUGUAAGGACAGCCGUGUCUGGCCCAGUGACCUUACCAAAGGCCUAGACUGGCCCUAUAGCCUGAAUUAUCCCUCUGUCUCCCUCUACUGGCCACUUACCAUUUCGCCACCACUGACAUGCAAUUAAUACUGGUUUCUAGACUUUCCCAGCAUUCUGCUCUGGGAGUAGAACUGAAAAAUAAUGCAUAUUUUACGUCCCACUUUUCUGCCUUCAAAAACAAAAAGGCAGCUAACAAAAUGUUUUUUUAGAAAGCCAUUAAAGCAAGUAAAUGUAGCAAGACCUCUGGCUAUAGGGUGGUAUAGAAAUUCAAUGAAUAAUGAUAAUAAAAUACUACUUUUACAUGCGGUGAGAUAUGCUUGCCUUGGAAUCCACCCAGAGCAGAACACAGGUAGUUAAACAUAUAUUUAAUUCAGGAGUGUAACAGUCAGAACAAGCAGCCUUUAUAUCUUGCGCUAACGUUGUAGUUCUAGUUUUCUGAUCUAGCAUAACUUAAGAUCCAUAAUGGCUAUUAUAAUAUAUCCCUCAUCUCAUUUCUCUCUCUGUGUGUGUGUCCUUCACAGCCACUCUCUCCCCCCUCACUGUCAUUUCCCCAACAGACAGACUUAUCUGCCAGCCUCAGUCCCCACAAGGCUCCAUUCCAUUCCCCUCCUGUCAAAUCAUUUCCUCACUUGCUCUUCUGUCACAGCAGCUCUUAGCCACGUGUUGGAAGGCUGCCACCAACAGGACCAGGCAGGCCUUGUCCUGGGAGCAUUGCAUGACAGGCGCAGUGAUUGAAAAGGCCUUCUGUGAAUAGCCACAUGGCCUGGUGCUUCCAGGUUAUCCAGAAAAACCAAGGGCACCUUUCUUUAUGGUUCUUGCCCUCCUGCCUGCACAUCCUUAUAAAAUCUUGAUGCUAGGCUGGUGACUUUCUGAGCGGAGGCCCUCGUUCUUUGGAAUUUGCCAUGAGGAUUUCAGGCCAAGCUCCUCCACUCCCGGCAUUUAGGCACCUUGUCAAAAUGCACAUCUUAGGCGUCUUCUUUACAUUACUAGUUCUGAUCUGAUUUUAACUGUUGUUUUGUUGCUGAUUUAGUAUUUUAAACUGCAGGUCGUAAGCUGGUUAAAUAAAAAUGGGCCCUUCUUCCACUACCUCCUUUUCACUUAUUCCCACAGUAAAACCGGUGAUGAAAGCAAGAAUAGCGGUAACUACUGUCCCAUCCCACCUGCCUUUUCACUCCAUGUUGAGCAGCUGCGGAGGUGGGCAAGCACUGCAAAGGGAUGGGAAAGAGCAAAAAACAAACCGGGGAAUAAAAAAAGAACUGUAAAAAUCCAUACAGAAAAGAAAAGUCAGCUCCAGAAACGGGCAAGUUCCUAGUGCGUUUCUGCUUUAUCUUUACAAACUGGCAAGCGCAGCUCAGCCUAGUUAAGUUAACUAUAGCAAUUAUUAUUAUUAUUACAUAUUUAUACCCCGCCUUGCUCCCAAGUUGGGACUCAGUGCGGCUCACAACAUUAUAAAAUACAAAGUAAUAAAAACAAACUAGUUCAGAACAAUGACUGAAAUAUAUCUAAACCCAUUUAAAAACCAACCAUUAAAGUACAGUUUGUCCUCACAGUGGCCCAGUGGUCAGCAUCAUCUUGGUUUCCAAAGGCCUGUCUGAAUAAGAAGGCCUUAGCCCUGCUGGCAGCAGGAUAAUUAAGAUGGAGCAAAUCUAACCUCUCUUGGCUUUGUUGGAUUAAUUGUACCUCUCAGGUAGCGUCACUGGAUUACGUUUAUGAAGGAGCAAAUAGGAGUACUUUCCUUUGACAGGCACUUACUCAAAAAUGGACUUGGAACUUAACAGGUUUUGGAUUGUGGCUUUUCUGGAUGGCAAGGGCCCUCCCCACUGCAAACAACCAAUGCACCCCCCAGUAUUCCCUCUCCUGAAUGCCUCUUAUGUGUUUUCAGUUAAGAUGGGGCAAAGUUGUGGGACUUCUGCAGACAUCAGAGUUACAAGAUCUGUGGCCUUGUGCGUUCCCCCGCCCAUUGAAGACCCCCCCUGCACUUUUAUUUUGGGGAUGAACCGCAGAACAUUUGAUACAUCUGCACUGCUGUGGGGUGGGGGUACAGUUGCCCUUCUCCUCCCGUCUGUGCAGCCUUGGCGAGGGCUGUGAGGGACCCUCCUGUGACGCUUUUCCCAUUCUGAAACAGGUGAGAACGAAGACGAGAAGCUGAACGAGGUGAUGCUGGAAGCCUGGAAAUAUAACAGGGAGUGUAAAUUGUUGCGAGACACGCUGCAGACCUUCAGCUGGAAUGGUAAAUAUUUCUUGGCAUUAAAAAAGUGCAGGGAGCCCAGCCUCAAGAGGCCUUAAGCACAGCUGAGCAUCCCUUCUUCCCCAGUGUGCUGUAGUGGUUAAGAGCAGUGGACUCGUAAUCUGGGGAACCGGGUUCGCGUCUCCACUCCUCCACAUGCAGCUGCUGGGUGACCUUGGGCCAGUCACACUUCUCUGAAGUCUCUCAGCCCCACUCACCUCACAGAGUGUUUGUUGUGGGGGAGGAAGGGAAAAGGAGAAUGUUAGCUGCUUUGAGACUGCUGAAGGGGAGUGAAAGGCAGGAUAUCAAAUCCAAACUCCUCUUCUUCUUCUCUCUGGUUUCCCCGGCCUUGAUAUCACCUCCACUCGACAUAAUCUGUCUCAUGGAGUUGUGAAAAUAAAGAGGGACGUUCCGUGUAUGCACUCUUGAGCUCCUUGGAGGUCAGUCAGGAUGCAAAUGUGAUAACAAGAGUCGUGUGAAGCUGCAGCUCUCUGUCCAUGCUCAGUGAUGGCUCUGUUAUCGCCGUACUGAACUGUUUGCAAAAAAACACUUGCCAGCUUUUGUUAACUUCAGGAACUGUUGCAAAGGCUGAAAAGGGGCCCUCCUUCAAGUUCUGCUUGGGACCAAGAGGCGAGGACCUCCUCUGACUUGAUUCUUUGUCUGGCCUAUGGUUGCAUACACACAUAAUUCUAAGCCGUGGUUUGUUUUAACCAUUUGCUCAGUAAACCACAAGUCACCCUUCAUAUAGGCAAAGAAAUCACAGCUGCUUAGCAGCUGCUGUUGCCUUGUGCUUCUGUAGCUUGGUAUCUGGAGUGGGGUGGCUAAGCAAACCAUGGUCAACCAGGGCUGUUCAGUUCAGACACAGUGCCAAACCAUAGUUAAAACCAGCCACAGUUUGUAAGCCAGCAAAAAACCAUUGCUUCACAUUUUGGUUUGUUGCCAGGAGGCAAGCCAUGGUUUCAUGUCGUAUUUGAACUAAGCCAAUGAAUGCAUUUGAUAGUGUCUGUCUUUUUCCCCAUUUCACCAGUUUGGGACUAACCAAGGUCAUGUCUUCUAUUUUAGGCAGAGGAUUCACAGACAAAGUGGACCGACUAAAACUUGCAGAAAUUGUGAAACAAGUUAUUGAAGAACAGACAAACUCCCAUGACUCUCAGUAG